CAGCCCUCAGACCUCCCCCGCUCGUGUUUUUUCUGCAGUGUUUGUGCCGUGCGAGGAGAAGUCCCGGAGCUGGAAUCCCUCACAUAACCCUCGAAGAUGAAGGCAGCAGAUGAACCUGCCUACCUGACAGUGGGGACCGAUGUCAGUGCCAAGUACCGCGGUGCCUUCUGCGAGGCCAAGAUUAAGACGGUGAAGAGGCUCGUGAAAGUCAAGGUGGUCUUGAAGGGGGACAACUCAACUCAAUUAGUGCAAGAUGACCAAGUGAAAGGACCUCUAAGAGUUGGUGCAAUGGUUGAAACCAAAAUGCCCGACGGCUCCUUGCAGGAAGCCGUGAUCAGCAAGCUGACGGACGCGAGCUGGUACACUGUGGUUUUUGAUGAUGGAGAUGAAAGGACCUUGAGACGAACUUCGUUAUGCUUGAAGGGAGAAAGGCACUUUGCAGAAAGUGAGACACUUGACCAACUACCACUAACCAACCCAGAGCACUUUGGAACUCCAGUUAUUGGGAAGAAAUCCAAUAGAGGGAGAAGAUCUUCUCUUCCUGUUACUGAAGAUGAGAAGGAAGAAGAAAGCAGUGAAGAAGAGGAUGAAGACAAAAGGCGCCUCAACGAUGAAUUGCUUGGCAAGGUUGUGAGUGUGAGUUGGAAUGCAGAGAAGGCAGACUGGUACCCAGCUCUGGUGGUGUCACCGAGCUGCAAUGAUGACGUCACCGUGAAAAAGGACCAGUGUUUAGUUCGAUCCUUUGCAGAUUCCAAAUUUUACUCAAUAGCAAGAAAAGACAUCAAAGAAUUAGAUCUUCAAAACUUACCAAAAUCUGAGUCCUCUCCUAAGAAAGGGCUACAGGAGGCAGCUACGUUUCUCAGCACCAAGGGUGUUCCCAGGAACUGGAAAAUGGACAUCAGUGAAAUCCUGGAGUCCUCCAGCAGUGAUGAGGAAGAUGGAGCUGCUGCAGAAACUGAUGAAGAGGAAGAGAAAAGAGAAGAGAAAACGGAAGAAGUAGCGGUGAGUCCGGGGAAUUUCAGUCAUUCUUCAGAGACAAUUUAGGGACAUUCCUGUCUGAAAAUCCUGCACUUUCCAACACUUGACUCUCAGUCUUCAAUGUCUUUUUAGUCCUGUUCAUUUUCCCUGUUCCAGUUGCAUUUAUUGGGAUUUGUGAGCAGGUGCGGGUUUCUCCAGUUAUGCAGUGCAGAAAUCAGAGACAAAUCUCAGGAAUUAAGAGUUCAAGGCAGAGAAGAAUGAAAGAUUCUGGAUCAAAAGGAAAGGCAAACCCAAAAAAUUUAUGCUAAACCUA